GAUAGCUUCUCUGGUCACUCCAACAUACAUUAGCAAACGUGCUUAUUCUGGUCCACCGCACAGCUCACCAGAAAGGCAGGCAUACAGGUCCACUGAGAACGAAGUCUUUUCUGGGACACUCACGUCGCCCCUACCUCCAACUAAAUCUAUGGACCAAUUUGCCUAUGACACCUCUGAUCUCCCUCUGUCCGGAGGACACACACCUCUGACUUCUGAUAUGCUCGAGAAGCGAAAACAAAAUACCGCCGUCCAUUUUAGCCAGGUACCAAAUCCUUCAGAGUGGCUCGCUGGUACUCAUUCAAGUCUUGGGUCUGAGCUGAAGAAUGAGCCCUCUGAGGCUUCAGAAAGGUCCAGCCCCAGUGUCCAAUUGCAGCAGAGCACGCCAUCGCCCUCCAAGGAAGAUGAAUCGAGGACCCUCCAGGCUCUGACCAUGCAGAUAACCGGUCAGAGGGACAGAAAUCCACCUGGAAAUUUAAUUAAGAAACUACUGGAAGAAGCAGUCCGAUCCGAAGCCUCUCUCGAGGCGAAAAGAUUGCUACUUCUUCUCGAUCUUUUCCUCACCUGGCAGAGGUCUCUGAUGACAUCUGUGGGACAGGAAACCAUACAGCCAAUGUGAUCCUGAACCUGGAGAGAGAGAUCCUGCCUGUCGACUCAGUCCCAGCCCUCAGGAAGCUGCAAGUAGUCAUCAGUGUGAAGGCCAACAGCAGCCAGGAGAACCUGACCGUAACAUCUUGCUGCGUUUCACCCAUGCCCUGGGCCGACCAGCUCAACACCACUUGCUGCCUGUUCUCAAGAUUACCCAGAGACCCACGGGUCACCAGGCCGCUCCCAGGUGACCUGUCAGACAGCACCAGCCUCGCCGUCCAUCUCUACCGAGUGGCCAACAGCUCCGUGGCGCGUUUGCACCGCAACAUCAGCACCUGCCCCGGCACCCAAGCGGACUGUGAGAUGGGGAAGCUCGACUCAGAGAAGAGCCUCAGAACCGCCGUUAACUAUCCUGGGACCUGGAUUUCCUUUGGUCCGGUACUGAGAGGAAAGGUGGUGGACUCCGAUGCUGAGAGCAGAGGCCCUGACAAGACGAGCCAGCCCAGGGAGGCCCUUGGCUUGGGGUGGGGUUGUGUGCUGCUGCUCGCCGCCUUCACCCUGCUCUACCUGGGCUGCCGGCGUGGGCAGGGGGGACGGCCUUGGAUAAAGUCAUCAGGCAGUGCUGACCAAUCACAACCUGAGCACUGGGUGUAGCUCCUGGCCCAAGGACCAAUCAGAGAGAAGCCAUUUGGUCUGAUUCAAUCCUAGUCUCCGACUGUGCCCUCCCCAACUAUCUGGAAUCACAACUACACCCUGAAGCUAUAAUCAAUCCCCACUGACAUGCUGACAAAAAGCCAACUGUAAAGCACGGCUGCUGUGUCACUCAGAGUCCUUCUGCACAUAUAUUCACUGUUGGUUGACCUGUAAGAGGUCUGGGUAACACUUUACUUAAAGAACUCAUGUAUAAUGCAUUAUGGAUACUUUCAUAAUGCAUUAUAAUGCAUUUACAAAGUAUUAUAGACACAGCCAUAACUAUAA